UGUGUGUGUGUUCACACUUCUUUAUUCACUUCUGGGUUAUAAUUAAGUCAUGUAAUGCUGAACCUAAUAAAACUAGUUGUAUUAUUCUUUUUUUAUUUAUACACACACAGAUAGUGACAUAUUACACAAACAGUAGGAAGGAGUGACGUGUGUGAUGUGACGUGUUUAGGAGACAUGCUGUAUUAGAGGUGAUAACAGGUUAUCACUCGCCUUAUCAAACCUCAAUAAAGCAAUAAAUUCAAUAAAAACUCAUUUAGCAUAAAGAAUAUGAUUUGAUGAACAUUGUACUCAUUGUAUAUAAUCCCCUUUUCUGUGUUCUGAUUAUUUAUAUUAUAUCCAUUUAUUCAUUUAUCAAUAUUUAUUCAUAUCUAUCAUAUAUAUAUAUAUAUAUAUAUAUAUAUAUCAGCCUUAUCAACCUGUACAUGUAAAUAUUUUACACUGCAACCAAUGCACAUCUGCUUUAGAUAACUGCAUUUCGAUGUCCUGGUACUGUAACAUGCAAUGACAAAGUUUAAUCUAAUCUAAUCUAAUGUUGGGAAAAUUAUAAUUUGUAUAGUUUGAGACAAUCACAGCACAUUCACAUUGGACACUCUAGUAGCGUUAGGAGCUGUGCCGAGGUUAACCGGCAGAGGGCGUCAGAGGAGCGGCUGCGCAUGCAGUGCACAUGAUCGCCGUAUUGCGGGUUGCCAGUGUGGGACAUUAAACACUUGAAAGCUGCACUUCCGCUCCAGUUACAGCGCUUUGGAGUGAAAUCUGUUCAACAUGAACUUCCGAAUCCGAGCAGCGCGAGAGGAGGACUGCAGAGACAUUCAGAGAAUGAUCAUGGUGUGUGAGUUGGCAGUGUAUGAGAAGAUGGCUGAUCAGGUGAAGAUCUCACACGAAGAGCUACUGAGAGACGGUUUCGGUCCAAACCCAUUUUAUCGAUGUCUGAUAGCUGAGGUGCCCGAGGAGCUGAAAUCUGAUGAAGGACACACCACAAUUGGCUAUGUGCUGUUUUUUUACACCUACAGCACAUGGAAAGGGAGGAGCAUUUACAUGGAAGAUCUGUACGUCAUGCCUGAAUUCAGAGGUAAAGGUGUUGGGAAAGCUCUGAUGGCGUCUGUAGCUCAAGUGUGUGUAGAACAGCAGUGUGUGCGUUUGCAGUUUUCAGUGUUGGAUUGGAAUAAAGCAUCACUGGAUUUGUACAUGAGUAAAGGAGCGGAGAAUCUCACCAUGGAGGAGGGAUGGAACGUCCUGCGCUUUCAUGGAGCAGCGCUCGAGAAUCUCGCAAAUGAGGCCCCAUGACCAUCAUCACAAUCGUCACCAUCACCACAACCAUCUCCAUCAAUCACAACAACAAACACCAUCACCACAACCAUCUCCAUCAAUCACAGCAGCAAACACACCAUCACCACAACCAUCUCCAUCAAUCACAACAACAAACACCAUCACCACAACCAUCUCCAUCAAUCACAGCAGCAAACACACCAUCACCACAACCAUCUCCAUCAAUCACAACAAACACACCAUCACCACAACCAUCUCCAUCAAUCACAGCAAAACACCAUCACCACAACCAUCUCCAUCAAUCACAACAACACACACC